AUGGAGACCGCAGUACAAGGGAUCUACCAGCAGAUCAUCUCGAUUUUCCAUCCUUCACAAACGGUUUCCUCAAUCACGCCACAAUCGAGCAGGAUCACGAAACAUGAGCCUCAGGCAUCGGACCUGGUGGACUCGAACGGAGAAAAAAUCGAAAUGGAAACCCUCCACGGAGAAGCCGGCGAAGAAUUGAAUCACAGCGUGAAAAUCACGAAUUCGACGGCCAACAUUUCUCGCCAGAUCAACAUCAGCAAAGUCAACGCUGUCAACGCUGGCAUCGGGGUCCAGGAGGUCACCGAAGAAUUAAUCUUCGAAUCGAUCGAAAAUGCUUCUGGCAAUGGAUCAGACUACGGGAGUUGUGAGGAGAAGGAUCCUGUCUACGAGGAGGUCGAAACCGAAGAGGAGAUCUACGCAGACUGUUCCAUAAAAAAUCAUCCGCUCGAGCAGCCUCUCAGAGAAGUUUUGGACACGUCCGGAGGCCUGACACCCCAAACGAGGUCGCCAGUUGACUGCUCCAUAACUUCAGAUCUGUCGAGGGACAUGCUGACUUCCCCGAACAGCUCUCAGCACUCAAACUACGCCCACUCCAACUCAGCUUUGUCGGAUCCGGAAUGCGACAGCGAUCUGUUGCUAAAAUGCUCCUCGCCGGAAGAAGAAGAUGAUCUUCUCUGCGAGAUGCAGUCGAAGCAAGACAUUCAGGAUAUCAACGAGAUAAAUGAAGCCGCUCGGGACAAUGCUCUGAUUUCGAUUGAGACUCCCAAAGUGGAUCACAAGAAACUUAUGCCGCAGGCUCUGAAGCCUGUUCCGGUGGAAGAGACGAUUAUCGCCCGAGAAAUCCGACUUCAACGCGAACGCGAAGAUGAAAUACAGAAGGAGCGCGAAGAAGCCAGACGAAGAGCUGCGGAGAAGAUGGGCAGUCUUUCCGGCAGCACUGGGAGCCUCCUUGACGAGAGGCCAGCUUCCAAAUCUACUCCCUUCACCAGACCCUUGGCCACUUCUACCCCGAAAGGAGCUCGCGACGUUGGUGCUCUGAAAAUUGAGGAUGAAAUCCGUCAGCUGAAGGAACGUGAAGAUGAGCUCCGCAGAGUCCGCGAAAGCCUCCAGCAGAAAGUUCAACAGCAAGAGAUUCUCGACUUCAAAAUCGAGCCACAGCAAAGCGACCCCAAGCAAGACACCAAGACCGACACAGUGGUUCGGCCCUCGCCGAUUUCGAGCGCGUCCCCCAUACCCAAGCAGACUACGCGCCGUGCGGUGAAAGUUCGCCCGUUGGACGAUGGAGACGAAAUUCCUGAAACGACUGUUUAUCAGCACGAGACUCCGAUAGAACGCGAGAUCAGACUCGCCAGAGAGCGCGACGAGGCGCUUCGUCGCGAGAAAGGUCUUCUCACGGGUCGGAGGGAUUCCGUGGAUUCUUCGUCGAUCCUCUCCGAGAGAUCGACGACGUCUUCCACGUCAUCGUCGUGCACCGACCUACGAUCUCCUCGCACUCCGGUUCACAACAUGGUGACGUCGAAAAUUCAGAAAGAAAUCGAGGAGCAGAACCGCAAGGAGUUGGAACUCAAGAAGGAAGGCGUCAUCCGCACCAUAUCCGUCGAGCGGAGCGACUCGAAAGUAGCCAAGAUCGGAGCCGAAGUCGAAGCCCCACGGCCGCGAACAUUUUCCUCGAGUUCUUCGGGGUCCUGCAGCACACAAACGGCUGCAGCUCCUUUCCGAAGGCCCGCAUUCGGGACCGUGGCUCGCGGGAUCAGCAUGCAGAAAUUUAUCGCAAGCCAAGGUAAAAAGAUCGUUCCUACCAGACCCAUCGAGCCUCGGUGGGUCGAGGCUCCGAGCAGCAGACAGCCCCGAUUCGAACUGGGAACGGUGAAUCUCGAGAAUAAGUGCGAUGCGAAACCCAGACGACACCUGGUGACCGCUCAGAGCAAAAUCCAGCAGGAGCUGAAGCUGUUCAAAGAGCGCGAGACCGAGCUCAGGCGGAUGAGAAAACUUGGAGGAUCUCAUCCGAAUUUGAGCACUUUGGUCGUAGCGACAGACAUUCCGGUAUCGGACGAAGACGACGACGACGACUUCGUCAAGGACGAUACUUCGCCAAAGGGACUCUAUCCUUCAUUGCGCCAACGCGUUUUGAGUAACCCCAAUCUGCUGGACUGCGAUGAGCCUGCAAAGGUCCCGGAACCUCUGGCUCCAAUCGUCCGGAAGAAGAGCGCCAUGGUUGCAGAGUGGGAAAACCGGAUUCGCCAAAUUCAAGAGUCGAAAUGAGAGCGUCACUUGAGUAUAAAUAGCGAGACGAUCAUUACAUCUCCAGCGCAAGAUGUGAAAAGCCAAACUUGUGAUGUGUCCAAGCCCCAUGCGUGGCUGUGACAUCAUGACGUCUUCCUGUUGUUAGCGUACUUUUCCGUCGUCGUCGUCGUUGUCGUCUCCAUUGACCUUUCCCUCUCCUGGAUGAUCGAUGUGAGAGCACCGAAAACCGUUAGCAUGCGUGUCCGGCAAAAAAAAAUCCCU